UUUUUCCUUUUCCAGAACCACUUUCCUGUUCUCCCCUGCUCCCCUCCCCACUCCAAUCACCUGCUAUUUCCUCACCACCUUCAUCACUGCCAUCAUUUUCACGUUCAUCAGCAGCCUCUGUUCGCAGCCUAUGACGCUGUGGUAACCAUGGCAACAGCCACCUCGUCGUCCUCCCCACCGCCAUCCUCACCGGGAACCAAUGGCAGUGCCCGAGAACACCUGAUGGCAGUAAGGCGCCGUAACCCUCAUGGCCGCCCGUACACGAUCGGGCCGGAAAACAUCUGCAGCCUGUCCGGCUCUUCAUCGCCCGCUUCAUCGGUCUUGUCGUCGGCGGGCCAGCCGGAAGCGAUGGGGGUGGCGCUACAGAGGGCCAACAGUGACACAGAUCUUGUGACAUCAGACAGCCGCUCUUCACUAACAGCGUCGACGUACCAGCUUAUCCUUGGCCAUGGCCACCUCGUCAUCUCGUGGGACAUCAAGGAGGAAGUGGACGCCACAGACUGGAUUGGACUGUACCACAUUGAUGAGACAUGUGUCGGUAAUGUGUGGGACUCCAAGAACCGUGGCGUGAAUGGCACUCAGCGAGGCCAGAUUGUGUGGAAACUGGAGGCGGGGCCCUACUUCAUGGACUACGAGACGAAGAUCUGCUUCAAAUACUAUCAUGGUGUGAGUGGAGCACUAAGAGCAACAACACCUUGCAUCACUGUCAAGAACCCCGGAGUGACGGUGGGCACUGAGGGUCAAACUGAGGGCCAAUCAGGGACGGAGCACUGUCGCAAAUUGGUCAGCUUUACCCUAUCAGACAUCCGGGCAAUGGGCCUGAAGAAGGGCAUGUUUUUCAAUCCGGACCCUUACCUGAAGAUGUCCAUCCAGCCAGGGAAGAGGACCGGCCUCCCUAAAUUCACCCACCAUGGCCAGGAGAGGCGAACCUCCAUUAUUGCCAAUACCAUCAACCCUGUGUGGCAUGGAGAGAAAUACACUUUUGUGGCCCUGAUGAGUGACAUUAUGGAGAUUGAAGUGAAAGACAAAUUUGCCAAGAGCCGACCAAUCAUCAAGCGCUUUCUGGGCCAGCUCACCAUACCUGUGCAGAGACUUCUAGAGGGACCAACAGCGGACCAACACCCGAUAAGGUACAGUUUGUGUCGCCGGCUCCCGACAGAUCACGUUAGCGGGCAGCUGCAGUUCAAGGUGGACAUCACCGCCACUGGACACGAAGAUGCAACAGGAACGAUCUUGGGCAGCGCCGUGAACAGUGACCCUGGGAGUCCCUCUGACGAUGAAGACCUCCCCCACCCUCCCUCAUCUUCUCACCUUGCAUGCGGCGCUUCCCUCACAGGCUCAGACGAAAGCCCCCUGUUAGUCAACGGUACUUGUAUCUAUGGCAACAGUGGCACAUGGCAGCAGGACACUAUCCAGGCAGUUGCAGGUGGGCACACCCACAGGCAGGUGUCCCUUAACGACUACUUGGAUGCCAUUGAGGCCUCUGGGAGCCCCGUGGAGCGACUUCCAGCAGGGCCAUCACCGAGACUCCGCUCCAGCUUUCCAACAGACACACGCCUCAACGCAAUGCUGCACAUAGACUCUGACGAGGAUGACGAGAGUGUGGGGCAGCGUGCUAACCAGCAGGAGACAAGAUUGCAGAGGACUACAGAUGUCAACAUUUCCGGUAGGAGCGAAGGCUCCAGAUGUGAGCACACCAGGACAGAAAGCUCUCCUGUCUCUGAGUCGGCUCAGGCCAUAGGUUCUGGUUGUGCAGCAAAGCUGCAAACUGAGGAAGGAACCGAGAUGGUCAUCAGUGCAGAUCCCGCUGGAGCAUCAGUACUCAUUGGUGAGGAAAUGGAGGCUAGUAGAUCUCCUCCUGCUUCACAAAUGGAGUCGGCAAGCGAUUCCACGUGUGAUGAGCAAAGUUCAAGGAUGAACACCAACCAGGAGACACCCUGCAGUUCUUUAUAUACCUGUGGCCCACUUUCCCCUAUUCAGGAGGUGGAGACGAGGGCAGAAGUGGCUCCGAGGGCAGAGGAGGAAGGGGCGGAGUUAUCAAGUAGCAACAGCUUGGCGACUACUGCUAUGACGACUGGUAGCGAGAUUGGGACGCAUGAUUCAGAGGUUGUCGGUCCAGAUUUACAGGGGGAGGAGGAGGGGGAUGAGGAUGAGCAAGGGGAGGUAUGGAAGAGACGCCCAGUACGGGCCACCGAACUCGCAGCCCACGACCAAGUGGCAUGCAGGGCCAGAGAGGGACUGAGCAUGACGUUAUCAGAGAGAGAGUCCGGGGCCACAGCUCAGGUCAAUGGCCACGUGUCUGUUCAGACGCUGCCGUCUGUACGCCAGGACAUCAGUCGCUACCAAAGAGUGGAUGAGCCCCUUCCGCCGAACUGGGAGGCACGGAUAGACAGCCACGGGAGGAUAUUUUACGUGGACCAUGUGAACAGAACCACCACCUGGCAAAGACCCACUGCCCCAGCUGCCCAGCAAACACUCCAGAGGUCAAGCUCCAUCCAACAGAUGGAGCAGCUGAACCGUAGGUAUCAGAGCAUCCGGCGGACGAUAACCAAUGACAGCAGAGCGGAGGAGGUGCCAGCCACUGAGCAACCAGCAGACGAGAGUGAUCUCCACCCUUCCUUUCCAGAGCUGCGUCGAGAAAACAGCACAGCCCAGUCCAGCUCCAGAUCACGCCUCUACCUGUUGCUCCAGUCUCCCAGCUCCAGGUUCCUCACCAGCCCUGACUUCUUCACUGUGCUGCAUUCUAACCCUAGUGCCUACCGCAUGUUCACCACCAACACGUGCUUGAAACACAUGAUCAGUAAGGUGCGCCGAGACACGCACCACUUUGAGCGCUACCAGCACAACAGGGACCUGGUGGCUUUUCUCAACAUGUUUGCCAACAAACAGCUGGAAUUGCCUCGAGGCUGGGAGAUGAAGCACGACCACACCGGAAAGCCUUUCUUUGUGGACCACAAUAGUCGAGCGACCACUUUCAUCGACCCUCGGCUGCCCCUGCAGAGCUGUCGGCCACCUAGCCUCUUGGCUCACCGCCAACACCUGACCCGCCAACGCAGCCAUAGCGCUGGUGAAGUUAGCACACGACGCCUCAUGAGCGAAGAGUCCCGUCAUGCCGGGCCACCUAUCUUGCCGAGGCCCGCAAGCACCUUCACAUCUGCCAGCAGGGGCCAGAGUGUUGAUGUUGUUCCACUAGCGUACAAUGACAAGAUUGUGGCUUUUCUACGACAACCCAACAUCUUUGAAAUUCUACAGGAGAGACAGCCAGAUUUCCACCGCAACCAUUCACUCAGGGAGAAGGUCCAGCUGAUCCGUACAGACGGAGCAUCAGGAUUGACGCGGCUGUCAGGAGAUGCCGACCUUGUUAUUUUGCUAAGUCUAUUUGAGGAUGAAGUCAUGUCCUAUGUGCCGCCUCAUGCCUUACUACACCCCAGCUACUGCCAGUCACCUCGAGGCUCUCCUGUCUCCUCCCCACAAAACUCACCCGGUACUCAGAGAGCUAAUGCCAGAGCGCCAGCCCCUUAUAAGAGAGACUUUGAAGCCAAAUUACGCAACUUCUACAGAAAACUGGAGACCAAAGGUUACGGCCAAGGACCAGGAAAGCUCAAGUUGCUCAUCCGCCGGGACCACCUGCUGGAAGAUGCCUUCAAUCAGAUUACUUGCUACUCCCGCAAAGAUCUGCAGCGCAGCAAGCUGUAUGUCAGCUUUGUGGGCGAGGAGGGGUUGGACUAUAGUGGACCUUCCCGAGAAUUCUUCUUCCUGGUCUCAAGAGAACUAUUCAAUCCUUACUAUGGUCUCUUUGAAUAUUCUGCCAACGACACGUACACAGUCCAGAUCAGCCCCAUGUCAGCCUUUGUGGACAAUCACCAUGAAUGGUUUCGCUUCAGUGGUCGGAUCCUGGGCUUGGCUCUGAUCCACCAGUAUCUUCUGGAUGCCUUCUUUACCAGACCUUUCUAUAAAGGAUUACUGCGCAUUCCAUGUGAUCUAACCGACCUGGAGUAUCUGGAUGAGGAGUUUCAUCAGUCCCUUCAGUGGAUGAAGGACAACGACAUUGAGGACAUGCUGGACCUCACCUUCACUGUCAACGAAGAAGUCUUUGGACAGAUAACAGAGCGGGAGCUAAAGGCUGGUGGAGCCAACAUCCCCGUGACCGAGAAAAACAAGAAGGAGUACAUCGAACGGAUGGUAAAGUGGAGGAUCGAGCGUGGCGUUGUGCAGCAGACGGAAAGCCUGGUCAGAGGCUUUUAUGAGGUGGUGGAUGCACGGUCUGUGUCAGUGUUUGAUGCCAGGGAGCUGGAGCUGGUGAUGGCAGGCACAGCCGAGAUCGACUUGUCCGACUGGAGGAACAAUACGGAGUAUAGAGGAGGAUACCAUGACAACCACAUAGUAAUCCGUUGGUUCUGGGCCGCAGUCGAGAGAUUUAACAAUGAGCAAAGACUUCGGCUCCUGCAGUUUGUGACUGGGACAUCCAGUAUUCCCUACGAGGGCUUUGCUUCUCUCCGAGGAAGCAACGGACCUCGCCGAUUCUGUGUGGAAAAGUGGGGCAAGUCAACGUCUCUUCCCAGAGCUCACACCUGUUUCAACCGGCUGGACCUGCCUCCUUACCCGUCCUUCUCAGUGCUGUACGAGAAGAUGCAAACCGCCGUAGAGGAAACCAGCACUUUCGGACUGGAGUGAGACUCUUUUUGACAGUCCAGAAGCCUGAAAGAAUUUUUCCCCUCCAAAGCAGUUCGCAUGAGCGGAUGAGUGGACUUUGGAAGCAGGGAGCCUGCACUCUUAAUUUUGGGAUGCGGACGUCGACGUCGGAACACACUCAGAAUGAAGAACCACAGCGCCUUGCGGACCACAAUCAGGGAAUGUUAGUAGACCUUUGGAGCAAAAAGGUCCAAAGUAAGCAUGGAGGAUAUGAAACUCUGAACUUCUGAAACAUGCAAGAAGAAUCCAUUUGCAAUGGUUGUCAUGGAGAUCGGUCCUCUAUGUGCUGAUAAAGGUCCUGGACUCAUGCCACAUGAUGUUCUUAUUUGAAUGUAAUGAUUUUAACCAUUAGUAUUUGUAUGUGUUGUGAAUUGUGUGGUUUUAUCAAAUCUCUGCUUAAUUUAACAUUAGACGUGACAGUCUCACGGUUUCAAAUUGUCAACAGAUAUUUUUCAAUCCAUUAAGGAUGACUGAGG